AUGGUCUUGUCUCGAAGGCGUCGCUUCGCCGUGAAUGGCGCCGGACUUGCCGCAGAGGGUCCACUGGGUAUCCCUGUCGGCGUGCUGAUAGGAUUCGUCGCACUCGUCGCAUGCGUAAUCGCCACGGGGUACUAUGCGACGUCGCGUGCGAAUCAGGAGGCCGCCGAGGCGAAGGCGAAGCUCGCAGAGAUGGAGAAGCGAUGGGCGGAGCGAGGGGGGCUGUCGCAGUCGCAGGGAGGGCAGGCGGAACCUCCUCCAGGGGGGUUAGGAACCACGCAGGCAGGAGGGAUGAGCCAGAUGAAGAUGGAUGCAGAAGCAGCAGCAGCAGCAUCCGCUGGGCUAGCCACAUGCUCUGCAGACUUAAAGCGAGCGAAGCAGCAGCUGCGCAUUGCAAGGGGGUGGGUGCGAGAGGGGUUGGAGCACUGCGUUAAGCUGAGGAAGAAAUACUCCAAGGCCCGGCACAAGUGGCAGGCGCGCAAGGGGAAGGGCGGAGCUAGUGCAGCGGCUGCUGCUGCUGGUGCUGCUGAUGGUGAUAGUGGUUACGGUGAUGGGAUUGAGGAUGAUGAGAAAGAUGAGAAGGACGAUGAGGACAAGGAGGAUAAGGAGGAUGAGCAUGGCCUGGACAAGCAUGGUGGUGAUGGGGAUGGUGAUAGGGAUGAUACGCAUGUGAAGGAUCGUAAGGAUGAUGACGAAGAUGAGAAGGACGAUGAUGCUGACCAUGAAAUAGGCGUGAAGGCUGGUGUGGGUGUAUAA